CGCGAGAUAUGAUAUCAUAACUUCAAAAAUGGCGUUGUUGUAACAUUGCUAAAAUAUCCCCGCUCAAUCUUCAAUCUCUUAUCAGCAUUUCAAUUGUGACGUUUAAGUAAAACUGUUAUUAUUAUGAUUAGCGAUUAUACCUGUCUUAUAGCAACAUGCCACGGACAAAAAACAAGAACGUCUUAGUUAAUUUUGCAUCAGAAGAAGACGAAGCAUUACGGGAAGCUGCUGAAGAGGAGAAAAAAUCAACAAUGGUUGAUCCAGACCCAUCUAAGUCAUCACCUGUACACUCCAGUAGAAAGGAUGGUUCUUCUUCAAGUAACCAUUAUCAAGUAUAUUCGAACACGUCAGAACAAAGUCCUUUAUUAUCUAAACAAACAGACAGUGACUCAGAUUCAGCCUUUGUUAAUCACAUUGAAAAUGACCCAACUUUUAGUAAAGUUAUACAUUCUACAGAGGAAGCAAUUUAUAUGGGUAUUUUUCCUGAGAGGAUAUACCAAGGUAGUAGUGGAAGCUAUUUUGUAAAAGACAAAAAUAAGAGAAUAAUUGGUGUCUUCAAACCCAAAAAUGAGGAACCAUAUGGUCAUCUAAAUCCAAAAUGGACAAAGUGGAUGCAUAAAACAUGUUGUCCGUGUUGUUUUGGCAGAAGCUGUCUCAUACCGAAUCAAGGUUAUAUGUCAGAAGCAGGGGCAAGUUUAGUUGACGAUAAAUUAGGUUUAAAUAUAGUUCCAAAAACAAAAGUUGUACGUUUAGUGAGUCCUACAUUUAAUUACAAUGCAUAUGAUCGGGCAAAAGCAAGAUCAAAACAGUUUGCCACAGAAAGAUUUCCUGAUACAAUAGGAAAGCAUGUCAGAGCUGGUCUUCCACCCAAGAUUGGUUCUUUCCAGCUUUUCGUUGAAGGCUUUAAAGAUGCUGAAUAUUAUUUGCGUAAGUUUGAAACACAACCACCACCACCAGAAUCACUGCAAGAUUUUCAACACAUGUUCGAGAAAUUAGUUUGUCUGGAUUAUAUGAUAAGAAAUACAGACAGAGGAAAUGAUAACUGGCUUAUCAAGUACGAUGCAGCACCUAUUGUUGAAGGGUCAACGUGCAUCCAACAUGAUAGGAAUUCUGUUUGUGAGGAGAUGCUUGAUUGUGAUCAAGCAGAAAACUGGAGUUUAGUUGGUACUCCCAAAAUUAGUAUAGCUGCGAUAGAUAAUGGGUUGGCAUUUCCUCUGAAACAUCCGGACUCUUGGAGACUAUAUCCCUAUCACUGGGCGUGGCUACCAUACGCAAAAAUUCCAUUUUCUGAUAAUAUUAAAGAUCAACUAUUACCAAGAUUGUCCGACAUGAACUUCGUUCAAGGAUUGAUAGAUGAUUUAUUUGAGUUGUUCGCGGAGGAUAAAGGUUUUGAUCGUGGAAAUUUUGAAAAACAAAUCUCCGUACUAAGAGGCCAGAUAUUGAAUUUAACUCAAGCUUUACGUGAUGGAAAGUCACCAGCGCAGUUAGUUCAAAUGCCACCUGUGUAUGUGCAAAGACGAAGACUAACCAGCGAAAUGCGGGAGGGAAGAGGACAUAGUUUCGUACAAAGCUUCCAUGACAAAAUACCCUUCUUCUCCUGGUGUUAAUAGCCUAGUCAAUUAUUUCUUAUGUAUUCUCUCGUGAUUAGUUAAAGUGGCGUGACCACCACACAUGAGGUUUUUAAUGUAUCCGAGAAAAAAAAAUUCAUUCUGAACUUGAUUAUUGAGGUCAGCACAUUAGGAAGUAUUUCCAGAUAAUAUAGGAAUUUGGUCGGAGUUUUUAUGAAAUUUUAUGUUGUAUCCAAUAUCCGAUCGUACAAAAACGAAGAAAUUUUUCUAAGGGUGAAAAGAAUUUUUUUGGACGAAGAUUUUGUCCGGUGAAAUAUGUUUUAUAAAACUUAAAUAUUUCAAACUUGUUUUAAGUGUUUUUUCAAUCUACUUAUAGCUAAAAAUAUAAACAAAUUUCUAAAGUGAAUAAACGUGACGAAAUUUUCUCUAGGUGACGAAUAUUUUUUCCGACAGUUUUCAAAUAAGCUAGAAGAAGCUUACUUCUUUUAGUGUUGAAAAGCAAAACGGGUCAAUUGGUUGGAAACGAGUCGGGGAUUUUACAUCUUGUGGACGCCCUGCUUUAAUGAAAAAUAAAACUUUAUCUUUUAGACAUUGUAACUCUACUUUUUUCAGUAUGUAGUUUUCGAUGGGUUUGCAUAUCUUCAUCAGUUUAUACAUUUUAUAGCAAGCACAUUUUUUCUAUUUUCUAUGUGUUUACAAAUGACCUAGUCGGUUACUACCUUAUUUUCUUUAAUUUUGGCGCCCCGUUAAUCUUUAAAAGACGCGCGAAGUGAAUCUUUUUUAUUUUAAACAUUUUUGUAUAAAUACGUGCUCCUGAAUGGUUGGAAUUUUGUUGACAAAUUGAUUAAGGAAAUCAAACUAGGGUCUUCUUACAUGGUAUUUAUGCCAAUAGUGGACAUUUUUCUCGGUUGCUGGGAAUUUGCAAGUCAUUGUCGCAAUGAAGAAUUUUACAUGUUUUUAUUGUUAAAUAUUUUACUUUUACCAAAAUAAAAAAAGAGAGAAAUGGGGAACAUUUAUUAAGGUUAAAAAGUUGCGCGAAUCGCCAAAAUUAUGGGAAUGGGAUGUAGCAAAUACAAUAUUCUAAGUACUUAUUGUUUUGAAAAGAAUCUUUUACCUCCCCGCUAUAUUUCGUUUUAUUCUGUAGAAACACUUUGUUGUCAGUCUUCUUCAGAUCAUCCUCUGCAUCAGGUUGAUAAUAAUAUUGUAUAAUUAAAAAGAAUAUUAAAUUUUGUUACAAUAAAA